AUGGAUCGAGUGGCUAUACUAGAGAACCCGCGGAAAUGGAACUCUAACACCACCUUCGACUUGUUGAUAUUACACACAACAAGUGAAAGGUCUGUGGACUUAGUUGAUAUUACGCACAACAAGUGGACAGAGAUGAUCAAACAAAGAGAGGCGCUAAGGACUUUGCCAAUUGCUUGGUUUAGUGCCUUAGUUCUUGAACGAGUGAUUGGGCCUGUAGGAAUGGCUAAACCUCCUCAGGUACAAGCUGCUCUGCUUCAAGUCCUUCCUCAGCUACAGCUGCUCCAUUCCAUCUCCUUCCUCGGCCAAAAGCUGUGCUUCCUGAACCUCCUUGUCCAUGAUCGCAUCAGAAGGCCAGAAAAUUGGAUUGAGCUAUCAUCAACGAGUAUUGGCAGGAGUCUUUUCCAAACACUAAUGCUCUUUUUUACGCCCUUGGAAGCUCAGAUCAUUCUCCCUGCUUAG